AUGCUCGAUGUCUCGCUGCCUUUCGGACGAUGCUUCUGCAUCCAUGCGCAACUUCAGUUCAUUGACAUCGCCAUGCAGUCUCUGAUGCUCCAUCACGGAGUUCUGAACUCUCCACUCGCCGUCGUCCCGGAGGAGCCAUCUGCCGGGCUGCGGAAGACGCUGAAUGGGAUUGAAGCGGUACGUACGGAACUUCGUGAAAUUUUCCGGUCUGCUCGGCGACGUCAUAUCACAUUGAUGCGUAUCCACAUUGGCUCGACUCCACACCGCCCCUCGCACGUAUACGAGUUGCCGGUUUCGAUUUGUGACGCCCACGAUUCGACACAUCAGAAUUGCGGGGAGUGUUGCGAGCAAUUGAGUGACUCUGAGCAACGAGUUCUUCAUCGACGCUUCUUCACUAGUUUCCCCGUGCAUGAGCAAACGAAGACGCCACAUGACCGUAUGUUCUUCUUCAUUCAUACGACACCGGAAGUGAUCAACGAGAACCUGGAGGAAGCGGAUUUGGACACUGCCGGUUUCGAAUCGAAAACGAGAAAGAUCCGGCUCGUACACGAAGGAUGCGAUCGGCAAAUGGAAAACCCAGCUUGCGAUGUGAAAACCAUGGAAUGGCUGCGCCUCGUCCCGUUCAUCGUUGCUGCCAAGGAG